UCUGUCGAGACCUCAAUCCAAUCUAAGGAUACCAGACUCUGCAGCUGCUUAGCUGCCUUGUGGCUUACAAGGGGCUGCUUAAGCGGUGAACGCAUCCCACCGACAACCAGCUCGAACAACUCUCCCCAUCCGUCCUCUUCAUCAACAUCCACGCCUCAUCUCAAUCAAUAUUCCCAGCGGGCCGCAUCUUGCAUCCACCCGCUUGACAGGCCAAGUCAUCCCAAUCCCUGUCUCCGGAUGCGUGGAUCAAACGGACAAAUCCAACGAAGAGUCAACGACCAGCAACAGACCUGCCUCUGACCAAAUACCCAUCGUCCUCCUGCAAUCAUCCUGCAACCAUCUCAAAACUUCAAAAUUGCGCAGCUGCCCCCGACCUCCGAAGAUUUUUCACCUGGCAGCAAAGAUCAAGCGUUUCCGCGUUUUGUGUAACCGUGUGCUGCAAUAUCGGCUACGACGAAGCUGUGUGGCUUCCACACACUCACCGCUUUGGCCGACAGCUGCAACAACUCCUCUCGGGUCCUCUGUGCGAUGUCUCGACACCAAUAAACCGUGCCUCGCCGUCUUCGUAUCACCAUUGACCUCCAAUGUUCGAUUGCUGUCCACCCAAACUGUAUCGUUGUGGUGCCUUCGGACUCAGCAGAGGUUGCUGACUGUCGUGGAGGCUGCCCCUCAUUCGAUCCAGACUAGAGCGACCUCCCCAACAUGGGCAUCAGACCUCACCAUGCUGAAGUACCCAUAAGACAAGUGGAAACAGAGCCGCAUUCUCCCAAGCAUCCCUUCAAAUCGGGCAUGUGGCAGAAAAUUCACAAUUUCUUUGCCAAAGAUGACCCGACUCAAAGUCCCGUUGACUGCCCCGAGGAUGAUCAGUGGCCUCAAACAUGGGCUGAUCAUGAAGAUUCCAGCCGACAAGACUCGACAACGAGGCCGCUCGCGAUCGGCCUGCCUCGGCAAGCCACCUUCAGACGUCAGAAUUCCGAGAGACGGGAUCGACUGCUUCCCGUCGAACCUUGUCACGCCGAACGACGGGCUGUCUCUGCAGUUAGACAUGUAUCGACAAGCUUACCUCGUCCUCGAGCGACUUCUUCACCGCCCUGUUGCGAACCCGGUCGGACCUCUGCUCCUGCAGUAGCUGUCACAAGUCGGGCUGAUGCAGGCGCCACCGAUGCCAGCAUCGACGCUAUCACAUCAUCUUUUGAUCCCACUCUGCUUCCUGCUUCCCAAGACAUCUGGCCCCAAGACGCAUAUCGACCUCCUCGGCCACCGUCGACCACCUCUUCUGAUGAUUCGCAUUUUGUUCGAAUGCCUCUCGUCGACGACAAAGCCGACUUGAGAGAUGAGCUCGACACUCGAUGGAUCCUCAACCUCAGUAUGCACUUCAGAGACAAGUCGGACCGUGAAAAGUUUUUUGUCACGUAUGCAGAAACUCCGAAUCACUGGCGUCGUGUCACAAUCUCAUGUGAUUAUCGCAAUGCCGAACCUGGUUCUCUCGAAAUGGACCUCAAGGAACUCCAGUUUCAGAGAGAUAAGAGCAUGCAGAUAUACGAAUCUAUAAGAGACUCGCUGCCCGAGAUACAGUUCUACGACACAGUGACGAAUUUGAAGUUGGAAACUACAGAUGGACGCUUGCAUGUCCAUGUCACGGAGGAUGUCAAUGAGAUAAUCCCCUACCCGCCACGAUACACUGUCGCCCAUAUUGUGCAGGAUGAAGAGUUCCGACCCCUGGAAGUGCGAGAGAGCGAGUUGAUCUUUGAUUCCCACUUGUCAGGUUUCGUCUACAAGGUCAAGCACAAAGGCAAGGUUCUUAUCAAGAAGGAAAUCCCCGGCCCAGAUACCGUGGACGAGUUCUUGUAUGAGAUCAACGCCUUGCAUGCGCUACACGGUUCCAAGCAUGUUGUUCAGCUCGAAGCAAUCGUGCUCGAUGACGAAGAGCAAUUUGUCAAGGGACUGCUCAUCAGCUAUGCCGAGAAAGGUGCCGUUGUCGACUUGCUCUAUGACCAUAGAGGUGCCAUUCCUUGGGAAGACCGCUGCAGGUGGGCGGAACAAUCAGUCCGGGGCCUUAGCGAGAUCCACGAAGAAGGCUACGUGCAAGGUGACUUUACCCUGUCGAACAUCGUUGUAGAUGUCGAGGGAAACGCAAAAAUCAUCGACAUCAACCGUCGGGGUUGUCCUGUCGGCUGGGAACCUCCAGAAAUUGCAACCAAGAUCGCCAGCAACCAAAGGAUCUCGAUGUACAUUGGGGAGAAAUCGGACUUGUACCAACUGGGCAUGACUCUGUGGGCGUUGGCCAUGGACGAUGACGAGCCCGAGCGACAUGUUCCGCCCCUGAGCGUUGAGGAGUUCCCGUCGGAAGUACCAGAAUGGUAUCAAGAAAUUGUCAGGAUAUGUCUGUCUCCUCGUCCUCGAGAUCGAGACUCGGCCAAGGAUUUGACCAAGCUGUUUCCCGAAGGAGAUUCAAAGUCAACACAGCCAGCGGAGCACCAUGACAGGCCUACCUUAAAACUCCGAACUCCUAAGGAAUAUAUUGACCCUGCCGAUGCUGUCGGGCGUGAUGACAUCGAACGCUUUACGAAUCAUCAUGAGAUUACAAACGUGCCUUACUCUCCGGAAAGUUCAAGAGACGAUUACACAUUCACGUACCCCAAGUCCUCGAACUAUGAAUUCGACAGCGAGACAUCGGCCUAUGAUCGUCCCAGAGGUAGAGCACCGCCCUCAAACUACGCUCAUCUGGGCCGCAACGAGAGGCACCAUUGGGUGAUCAAUGAUAAGACACCGACGUUGGUGGACGAUUCGGAGCCCAACAUCGUGGCCAUUUCUCCUGGAACGGACCGGGAAUUUGACAAAGUGGAGCUGGACGGACAUCCUUAUCUUGUGUCUCGCAGCACGUUCAACGAAGAAGAGCUAGAGAUCCUUGAACGCGCAAGGGAGUCGAAGGGAGUACGUCAAAAUGAGGGGUCAUCCACGGAUGUUGUGACACUACAGCAGGUGGAAUCUCCAGUCUCCCCAGCGAACAUGUCAGUGCGACGUCCUUCGUUGGCAACUGCGGUUUCCAUGACCUCCGAAAGUACACCUCGCAAUAGUCAUGCAAUCUUACCAACGUCGGCUCAUCAGCUUUCUGGCGAGCUAACUUCCGACCCGGAGAUUAUUGGCGGCUCAGAUCAUUCGGAUGUUGGGGAGCUGAACCAGCAUCAUGGCUGGUCUAUGGCCGCGACGCUAAAUGCCGUUGAGACGCAUCAGAUACGUGGGACGACUGAUCCUUCUGCACGUUCAGAACCGCCUAGUCUUCUCUACGCUGACAGUGGGUUCGAUGAACCGCAUGAUACGUUCUACAACGGCAGUUUCGAAAACAACGGGCUCAGCGCGACUGAAGAAGAAAGGGUAAAAGUGCAAGAUUUGGAGACCAAAGUCCUUGAUGAUGCUGAGGCAGUCCCAAUCGAUGACAUGCAGCUGGAGUCUCAGCCUGCAGAAAAGGUCUCUAGCAGGCUUGUGACCGAGGACACAAGCCCAGAGUGCUCGUCCAAAGCCGCUUGCGACGUGCCACAGAAGCAUUGUUCGGCAUCGUCAGAGCAGUGCAAUGAACAGACUGGCCAGGUUGGGAUGAAGGAUGCACAACAUGCCGAGCUGGGAGCUCCUUGAACCACACUCCUCAUUUUCAGGCUGGCCUAUCACAUUGACUCUCUUCUUCAAGAUGAACCGAUCGACUGGACACAUCGCGCAUAUUCAGACGACUUCUGCACAGACGGCAUUUCCCUCGUUGGCUCGCACAACCAUAGGUCACGCCUUGCAGCUGCUCUUGUCGUCCUCUAUGCCAAUGGUUGGACCAAGCCAUAGUGCAGCAAGCAAGAUGCGUAACUCGCCCGAGGCCUGACACGCCUCUUGCUGGCUCAAGAUAUGAGUGUAGAGCGAAGCGGUGUGCGAGUAGCCGGGACGUUGGGGCAUGUCUUCGCGCACCGAUGUGUUCCAGAAGCUUACAGACAGGCUCAAGAUUGACACGGGCCUUAACGCCCUAGUCAUCGUGCUCAAAUGAGCUCCACAUUGUGUUAAACUGUAGUGGCCUUCCACUCGACAUGAUUGAAACGAAAUAACGACCUUUUCACGACUUAUCUUUCAACGACUUUUUCAUGACGCUGGGAACAGGUCCUACUCGGCUUGGAAAGGGCGACUCAAUUCUUGGAUAGGGAACAGUGAUGAUUUCAGCAAGCAGUGCAAGUCCACGAUACCACAACGCGCCGCACGGGGAUUUUGGGACUUUUGGGAUGUUGGAAAAAGGAAGACCUCUUGGGCAUUUCGAAAUUGUAUUGCAUCGGGUGGUGUCCUGGCUUAUUCUAUGAAAUUAACGCUAUCAACAUUGUAUGGUUGCGAAACCGAUUCAACCACGCACGUCUCUUUAUGGCUACUACCAGCGGGCAGCGAACGGACCACAGGUAAUCCAGAUAUUUCAUUCAUAUAGCGCCGCUUCAUGAGGCGAGACAGAACUCAUGAAGUCUCUUUAGAUGAUGAAAUUUGAACGAAUAAGUUCCAAC